CACUGCAAAACAUCGCGAGGUCUUCUGGAGGCGAGUGAUUCGGCGAUAGGAACGGAGACCCGGCGAGUCAGAUUUUCUCUGCGGGUUCGCUAAACAAAGAGAAGGGUUUUAAUGCUCUUGAGUUUGCACAGAAACAUCGCAGCGUGGUGGAGGUAUGACAUUAACUAGGGGCUCCUUCACUUAUUCCAGUGGAGAAGAAUAUACUGGAGAAUGGAAGGAAGGUCGAAGGCAUGGUAAAGGUGAGCUGAAGUUCGCUGAUGGCACCUGUUAUAAAGGUCACUUUGAGAAUGGUCUCUUCCAUGGAUCAGGAAUGUUAGUGUUUCCUGAUGGAUCCAGGUAUGAGGGGGAAUUCGCCCAAGGAAAAUUCCAAGGAGUCGGAAUCUUCAGCAGGUUUGAUGGGAUGAAGUUUGAAGGGGAAUUCAAAAGUGGUCGUGUAGAAGGAUAUGGUCUUCUGACAUUCCCAGAUGGUUCCCAUGGCGUUCCACGGAGCGAGGGAAUCUUUGAAAACAACAAGCUUCUGAAACGUGAAAAGUGCCAGGCUGUGGUGCAGAGAGCAAAGAAUUCAGCAUCCACAGCCCGAGGCCUUGCUGUAUGAUAUACUGACCUCUAUAAAACAACCCUGAACUGCAGCUUUCAGAUCAGGUCCCAGAAAACAAUCCGGAUUGCAAAGGCACUGAUUAUGGAUCUGCGUUCAGGGCUGAUCUCUGCCUUUACCAAACAAGGGAGCUGGAGAAUCCGUGAGACCCAUCGGACCCUCAGGGAUGGAUGAAAGAGCUUCUGUUCCUCUUGUCUAUUUUUCUCACACACGUUGCUCUGCCUUGGUCUUCUGUGGCUUAAAAACAUCACAAAAUUGUCAGAUUGUUAUGGAGGCAUUUCAGGAUUGUAUGUGUGAUCAGAUCGAGGGCGGUUUUGGUAAAAUAAUUGACUUGGUCUUGGUAAAUCUGAUUGUAUCAUGCGUGUUGAUAAGUUUUAGUUGUUGCUGUUUGGGGUUUCCACGAUUAAACAUUCUUAAAGUUAAUCUUGAAAAUCAACAGGAUGGACAGUCAUGCAAAUAAAUACGAUAAUGUUUAUAUUAAGGUAUAUAAAGUAUAAAAACAUAGUCAUAAAAAACAAACAAUAAACUAUCAGAACUCUAGUGAAGUUUGUGGGAAUCCAAAUAUUGUAAUUUUAGUUUUCAACAUUUUCUUAAGUGCACAUUUGGAAUCAGGUGUUCUAAAUGUGCCAUAAUUCUUGUAUUAAAAGAAAUCCAGCAAUGAAGCUGGAAUUACAUUUUUACUAAUGGAGAAUAGCUGUGAGUGGAAACAGAUUCAGUAGCUUCUAAAUAAUUUAUGUAUAAUGUUAUUAUUUACUAACGUAUUACAGUAUAAUUCUGUAUUAUAUUAUUACUGUACAAUACAGAAAUGGUAUUGUAUUGACAUUUGCAGAUAUACAUGCACUAGAUAUGUUUGAGGAUUUUGUUUUGUGUGUGUAUUUACUAUUACUUGAUAAUGGUUCACUCUCAUGUGCAGUGUUACAGAGGGUAUGCAUUGACGUCACCUUCCCACAUGAACACGUUCGGGAAACGCUCCCUUGAGUGGUAAAACUAAGGCAAAAUGGCUGCAUUCAAUAGAAGGAACAAAAAACGGGACUAAAACAUGCAAUUAUUACUGGACUCAACGGUGAUCCUUACGACUACCUAAUGACUACAGAGGAAUCGGGUGUACUUGGACACUCAAAUGUUGCGCGGAAUUGCGUUUCCUGAUAUUGUAACCAUUGAGUUUUCUCAAUGUUGUACCACUCAAGUAGGCGUGUACAUGGGAAAGUGACGACACAUGCAUACCCUACAUAGAGAAGCCUUAGACACUAUCAUCUAAAAUGUACUGACACCAAAAAGCAUUUUGCACUGUUAUUUAUUUGAGCAGAGAAUGAAAAUAUUAACAUGAA